AUGGUUGUGUACGACAGUCUUUUGGAAGCUCCGUCAAACCUGAAGGAGUCGUUUGACUGGAUCGUGGCCGUUAGAAGAUGCAGUGGAAUACCGAUUCUCGCCAAGGCUCUGUAUCUUGUACUAUUACGUGGUGCAGCAAACCUUCCAGAUGUAAAAAAUAUGAAGGGAGGCAACGUGUCCAACGUGCUCUCCGAUGAUGCAGAUUACGAUGAUUGGGACUUCGAUGAUGGAGCCAACAAGAUUAUAAAAGGAUCUCAUCUGCCUAGACGUGGGGGGCUCACAAAACCAACUUCUUGGGUUGAUAACGUUAUGAUCAAGCUGAAUUUAAUGGAUGAAAAGGAAACAGAGGUGAAGAUGAAUGAGUUAUAUCGUCACCUGUCAAAAGCUUCUAUUAGAAUUCAAUUGAUUUUGCUAAACCUUAUUAAUGACUCAACGUAUGUUGAAUCGUAUGGAAGAGAUGUAACUUGGGAUAAUUCUUGUGCCGAAAACCCUUGGGAAUGCGCGGAUAUUUUCAUCUCCUUACUCAUUCCCCUGUGCGACGACCUUAAUUUUAUCCAGAGUGAGUGUAAUAAGCGCUCCAAUUUAGACAGCAAACUUAAUGGUACUGGCCAACGUUCCGUAGGCAAGAUGUUUGCAUCCGUGGGAUUCAACCUUAAAGACUUUAUCCCCAAAGGAACCUGUAGGGAUUUCCUCAAAUAUUACGAACCUCUAAAAACCCAGUUGGAAUUCUUAGACGGCAUUGUGUGUAAGUAUACGGUUGAAACGUGA